UCUCUUCUCCUACUCAAACUCAGUUCAUUGCUCUUCUCGCGAAGAAGAGCUAAAGCACACUUACUUCUUUAAUCCGCUUCACGAGCUCGGCCAAACAAUGCAGAAAGCUGUUCUGAGGGUGGAAUGGGGCAACGAAAGGGAAAGGAAGAAGGCCGUGAAGAUAAUCUCUGCAUAUGAAGGGAUACAAUCGGUGGCCGUGGACAUGGACAAGAAGAAGGUGACGGUGAUCGGGGACAUGGACCCGGUACAGUUAGUUGAAAGCUUGAGGAAGCGAUUUGACACGGACAUCGAGUACCUGGGCCCGAAGGAGCCCAAAACUGAAAAGCCUAAACCUGAUGCCAACAUCGACAGCCCAAACAAUCCUUACCCGGAACACGUAGCUUACCACUGUUACGGUUACCCACCAUACCCACCUCCUUCUUACUAUUAUCCACCAUCGGCACGGCCCUCGUAUUAUUAUUCCUAGAUUUUCGUUAGAAGAGUGUUCCUGGAACGAAAUGUGUUCUGAUGAACAUGUUAAAGCCUAAGUUUUAUGAUGCUCAAUGUCCCGUGAUGCAUCUUUUUGUUUAUCCUCGACGUCGACUUUAUGAGUGUGACAAGGGAAGUUUGGACCUUUAAGGCUUCUUGUUGCACCUUUUAGUAUGCAUGGAUGAGAAGGAAAUGCUUUCAUAUCA